UGAAAGGGAUUUAAAACCAGAUUCACCAAGAAACACGAAUAGGAUUCUGGAAUAAUACAAAGGCAUUUGCAUUGGAAGAGACCUCAGCAAGAAUCAUCUGCUCUGGAUCAGCAACAAAAUGGAGGAACCUGCUUCGGAAAUGAGCCCCUCUGUGGAGCGUAAAACAAAGGCGACUGAGAGUGUCCUGAUGGAGAGAGCAGACUCCCCUGUACCCAGCUGUGUUUCCAUGAAGAGUGACAGGUCAAUGCAUCAACCACUCAACUUCAGAGAGGGACCUUUACCUACAGAUCAAAGAGACCAAAUGGCUGAAUGCAGAUCAGAUCUACAGGAUAAACCGGGUUCAUCAUCCAUAUUGAAGUCACUAGAGGAAAAUGCUGUGAGGUUCCUGAAGGACGAGCUGAAGAAGAUCAUGAGGUACCUAGAUCAGAAUUACCCAGAAUUCUCUGGGCCUCAGCUGGAGGAGGACAAUGACCUGGAUAGUGAUGGUCAGAUGCAGAAGACCUGUGGUAGAGAGGGAGCUCUGAAGAUCACACUGUACAUCCUGAGGACCAUGGAGCAAAAUGAUCUCGCUGACAGGCUGGAGAAGAGGCAUCUUCUGUCACAAUGUCAGCGCAGAAUCAAAUGUAACCUGAAGAAGCAAUUUGAGUGUGUAUUUGAAGGGAAAGCUAAGGAAGGACAGCCAACACUUCUCAGUGAGAUUUACACAGAACUCUACAUAACUGAAGGUGGGACUGGAGCAGUCAAUGAUGAACAUGAAGUGAGACAGAUUGAAACAGCAUCCAAGAAAAGGCGAACAGAAGAUACUACAGUCAAGUGCAAUGAUAUAUUUAAACCCUUAUGUGGGCGUGUGACACCUAUCAGAACUGUACUCACUAAAGGGGUGGCAGGUAUCGGGAAAACAGUCUCUAUGCAGAAAUUUAUUCUCGACUGGGCAGAAGGAAAAGCAAACCAGGAUGUUCACUUCAUAUUUGCUCUUCCUCUCCGGGACCUGAAUUUGAUUAAGGGUGAAUACAGCCUGAUUAAACUGCUUCACCACUUUGUCCCAGAACUGAAAUCAUUUGAAUCCACUGAGCUGUUUAGGUACAAAGUCUUGUUCAUCUUUGAUGGUCUGGAUGAGUGUCGCCUUCCUCUAGAUUUUCAGAACAAUGAGAGCUGGUUUGAUGUAACAAAGAAAACGUCACUAGAUGUGCUGUUGACUAACCUCAUUAAGGGGAAUCUGCUCCCAUCCGCUCUCCUCUGGAUAACCUCCCGGCCAGCAGCAGCCAAUCAGAUACCUGCUAAGUGUGUCCACCAGGUGACAGAGAUACGAGGGUUCAGUGAUGCCCAGAAGGAGGAGUAUUUCAAGAAGAGAUUUAAUGAUCAGAGCCUGGCCAGCAGGAUUAUCACACACGUGAAAUCAUCAAGGAGCCUCUUCAUCAUGUGCCACAUACCUGUGUUCUGCUGGAUUUCAGCCACUGUGCUUAAGAUGCUUUUUAGUGAGACUGACAGGGGAGAAAUUCCAAGGACUCUGACUGAAAUGUACACACACUUCCUGAUCUUUCAGACAAGUUUAAAAAAUGACAAGUAUAUGAAAAACCAUGAAACUAAGCUUAAGAAAUACAGCAAGGAAUUCCUUUUAAAACUUGGUAAACUUGCUUUUGACAACCUUGAGAAAGGCAAUCUCAUAUUUUAUGAGCAAGAUCUGUCAGAGAAUGGCAUUGAUGUCACUGAAACUUCAGUUUACUCUGGAGUGUGCACAGAAGUCUUUAAAGAGGAGUAUGGGUUGUACCAGGAGAAGGUGUACUGCUUUGUGCAUCUGAGCAUCCAGGAGUAUCUCGCUGCUUUAUAUGUGUUUCUGUCAAACUCAUCAGCUGACCUGCUGAAGACUGCAGUGAAUCAGGCAUUAAAGAGCAAGAAUGGACACUUGGACCUCUACCUCCGCUUCCUCUUGGGCCUCUCAACAGACUCCAGUAAGACUCUGUUACAAAGGCUACUGGGGCCAACAAGCAUCUGCUCAUAUACCAUUAAGGAAACAGCCCAGUACAUCAAGGAGAAAAUACAGGAGAAUUUAUCUCCAGAAAGGACCAUCAACCUGUUCCACUGUCUGACUGAACUGGGUGACAAUUCUCUAGUAAAGCAAGUACAAAGAUACCUGAAUUCAGGAAACAUUUCAGCAGAUGGCCUCUCACCUGCACAGUACUCAGCUUUGGCCUUUGUGAUGCUGAUGUCAGAUGAGGAACUGGAUGUGUUUGAUCUGAAAAAAUACAUCAGACGAGAUAAACAGCACUGCAGGCUGCUGCCUGUGGUCAAGAACUCCAGGACGGCUCUGUAAGUGACGUGGGGAUGGGAAAUCAUGUCUGGUCUGGCAGUGAUACAUGAAUAUGGUUUGAAAUGUGUAAUAUAUAUUAUAUGUUUCUCCUCAUGGAUUAAUAAGUGGGUUUUAUUUUGAUAAUCACAGCUAUAGCUGUUUGUAUAGCAGUAGCUAAUCUUGACCACAGACUUUAUAAUGACUGAAGGUAGUGAUGUCACUUUUUGUUUGUUACUACGUUUCCAUUCCCAUCCAGUCUGCCUUCUGAUCACAGCACAGCAUCCUAACCUGCUAUGGAAACAGUGAGGGCUCUUUAUCCACAGGGUGUAUAAGUGGUAUGUGAGUGUUAUUGUCAGCAGGCGUGUUCAUUUGAUGGAGCCCAGAGCUGGGAGCUUCCGUAUGACUGCUGUCUCUGGCUGCUCACUGGCGCCCUCUGCUGGCCUCAGCUGCACCUGGCUGAGGAUGUGACGACACAUCUAGUCCGGCAGAAAUAGAUAAACAUUGUUUAAAAUAUAAAAUGAAUAUGUAUAUAUGUAAUUUAUUUCCUCUCUUUUAUCAACAAGGUUACUUUUAAAUCUAGUUUAUAUUAACUGAAGGUAGUGAUGUAGUAAAAACAAAAAAGACAAGAUUUCCACGACCAUCCUUUGUGUAACAAAUAACCAAAGAUACAGCAUCAUACAGAAUGGUCCAGUUUUCAUUAAUAGUGGGAAAACCACUCAUAUUCAUUUCAG